GUGGCAGAUCUAAUAAACAUUUUUUCACUUUCUUUAACUUACUAACUCUUACUGUUUUUCUACAACUCGUGUGUAGGGGACUGACGUGUGACAAGUGUGCAUUGUGCAAUUUGGUGCUGACCUAGAAAACAAAAUGCUUUCUACCAUCCUUUUUUAUAUAGAAAUACAUCCCACGUGAACGAAAUAUCAAAUUCGUCAAAGAAGAAUUCCUUUGAGAAAAGAAUCCCUCGUCUUUCCACUUGGCACAGGUGCCUGUUUGAGUCCCACACUCGAACCACACGUACACACAGUGGAUUUGGUGGCUUCAGCGGCCCCUGUAGGUCUGGUGCCCCAGGGCUGCUGUUUGCACGUGUCUCUAUGCACCCUGCAGGCGGGGGCCAGGGGGAUCCCUCACAAGUGAGUGGGCGGAUGACAUUUAAAGAAACUGCAAAUAUCUCCAGAUGUCCUGCGGAGGCCAUGUCUGGAUACGGCUGCACUGACUGUGGGACAUAUAAUUGGCCCCUCUUUGUAAAUUGUGGCCCCUGAUGCAGAAAAAAAAAAAAACCUGGAUCCCGCCACUGACUGCAAGUUUUGAAAUCAGACAUUCAGAUUUCUUUCUGCAGACCACAGCAGAUGAUGAGCCGCCCUGCAUGCGUCCUGUUUAAUGUGUUUCCAAAUAUCUGCUGAUGAGGAUGAAUAAAAUCAAAUAUGACGUGUAGGAGCUGCAGUGUUUUCUCAGAGCAGCGGGUCAGUGUGAUCUAGAUGUUGACUGCAGGAGGAGGAGGAGGAGAUGUGGUGACACCGCCUCACGUUGAUGACGCGCGCCAUCGGGAGACAUUUGGACAGAGCCUGUGCGCAACCCGCAUACGCCGAGCAACAAAUGGUGCGUCUGUGCCGGGGAUGUGAUGCUGGAGUCCGGAGGAUGUGAUGGACGCUGAGGCGGCACCGCAGAGCCCGCAGCAGGAGGACGAGCCGCGCUGUGUCAUCUGUUGAUCGGAUUGGAGAACGAACAAAGCGCAUGAGCCGCCGCGGUCCCGCUUACAGGUGAAAUUUGAGGAGAGUGAAAUGAUCCCAAAGUCCGGAAAAUCUCCAGCAGACUCUCGGAAAAGUGUCGGCAUCCAUGAGUUCGCAGCCCUCGCCAGAUCCUCCUUAAAUGGCAUCUCGCAGGCAGUGAGGGACCAUGUGACGAAGCCCACCUCCCUGGCUCAGGGCCGGGUUGCCCACCUCAUAGAGUGGAAAGGUUGGCCCAAACCCGCAGACCCCCCACCGGCCGCCCACUCCCAGUUCAGCUCCUAUUGCCAUCUGACUGAAGGAGAGAAGGAGGCCCGGUUUGCUGCAGGCGUGGCGGAGCAGUUUGCCAUCGCUGAGGCCAAGCUGCGAGCUUGGGCCUCUAUGGACGACGACGACGAGGAAGACUCCAAUGAUGAAGACUCCCCCAGCGACGGACAGACUCACACCUUCUUCUUCCAGAGCUCAGACGCCACCACGUCCAAUCCUAUUACCGCAGCCCCACGCCAGCCUGAGGGGGGCAGCAGUGAGGCGCCGCCCUCCGACAGUCCCCUGGGCUCCAGCAGCAGCGGCAGCCUGCUCUCUGGUCGGCCUGGAUCUCACAAUGACCCACAUUCAUCCCAGACCAACUCACCCACUUUACCCAGUGACCGCAUGACUCCGUUCCUGGAGGAAGAGGAGCGGCCGGGUGGUCACGGGAAGCAGCUGGCUCCUUCGCAGGAGCAGCACAGUGAGGUCUGCAUCCACAACAAGCCAGAGUGGAGGCCUCGGGGCCGGAGUGGCAGGUUCGACUCCUGCUACUCCACCUCGUACUCAGAGUCUCCUGGAGAGGAGGACGAAGAGGACGAGGACGAGGAGGGCAGCGUGUUCCACGAGGCGCGGGUGUGGCACUGCAGCCCGAGGAGCUUCUUCUCGGACCGGGCCUCCUCUGGGGUGGCCUCGUUUGAUGAGGAGGAGGAGGAGAGGGAUGACGUAGAGGAGAAAAAGGAAGAAAAAGAGUAUUAUAUGUGAUGUGUUGUCCAUCUUUAUGUCUCUUUGAGUCCGUGUUGAUUCUGGAUAUGACAUCAUCUAUUCUGCUUUCUCUGUAAACCUCUCACCACCUCCUCUUCCUCCUCUUCCUCCUCCUCUCCCUCCUCCACUCACUGCCUUCUGUCUUGGCCUCCGGGCCUCUCAUGUACUGAUCUCGCUCAACCGUUUAUCGCUGCUGUGAACAUCAAAGUUUAUCAGAGAGGUCGAACCAGAAUGUAAAGCUGUUGUUCAAACUGAGUUUUGUAGAUUUUAUUGUGAAGAGUCAUGUGUUGCUAUUGCAUUUUCUAUGGAUAUUUUGUAGUGUUGUUUUAUUCUGGGUCAUGCUGUGUCAUGUGGGUCGGGCUACGUUUGAUACUGAAUGUCUGAUUGUCCUGCGUAAAAACAUAUACAUAUAUAUAUAU